AUGUAUAAUUAAAACUUGAUAACUAAUCAUCACGUGAAACUUUAAUUUAUUAACGAAUAAUAUGAUCUUAAUUGUCCAAGGCUUUCUUUUUGCCCUUCUUGUCGUAUAGUUAGUAACUUAAAAGACAUUGCCAAGGGCAAGCUACUAAGAAUUUCAUCUAAAAUUUAUUAGGAUUUGACAAAAUUAUUUUAAUUAGAAAAAUUUGUUAAGAUUUUGGGUCCUAAAAUUAUGUUAUAUCUUAUGAAAAUUUAAACAUUGGAUAAGGAGGAAAAUAAAUUGAAAGUCAAUUUCAACAUGUUUAUGAAUGUAUUGAGAAUUCUUAAAGAAAAUUCGAUAUAAAAAUUAAUGAAUACUAAAAAUUAUAGAACCCCAAAAUUUGUGAGCAAAUUGAUUGAAAUAUUAGAUGUAUAUCAACGAUAAAAUUAAUAAAAUAGAAUUAAUCUUAUUCAGAAAUAAUUAGUUUCGAUGGAAAAGGCGAUGGUAUUAUAAUCCAUCAAUAAGAACUCUUUGAAAAUUAGAUUCUCUUAAACUAUUUUAAGCAUAAUCAUAUUGAUUCAUUUACUCGAUAAAUGAAUAACUACGGUUUUAAACGAGUCAAGAAUCAAUAAGGGAAGUACGAAUUUAAAAAUCCAUUCUUCUAGAAAAAUAAUAAGUAUUCCUUUUUUUUAUUAUUCCUCUUAGAAAUACGAUUCAUUUGGUGAUGAAAAAGAAGCAAGAAAAAAUACAAAUAAUAUCAUAAUUCUUAGCACUAAAAUCAGAGUUGAACUAAUUCUCAUAAGAAUUAGACUAAUUUAAUUUUUUCGCCUCUUCUGUAUUACAUUAAAUUAUUCAAGUAUUAAUAAAGCUAAUCUAUUUUAACAGAAUCUUAAAAUAAAGUUAAAUUAGAGAUGAUAUCCAUCUCACAAAAGAACCUUGAGAUGGAAUAGAUGUUAAGCUAUUUAAUUUACGAAAAAAAGAAUGGUUUUAAAUUGGAUUGA